AUUAGCAGCACCAACCGCUGCUAAACUGAGUCAGUUAGAACUUAUCAAGAUAUAAACUCAUUAAACUAGUUACACAUUACAUGCGAUACAACCCUCAAGCGAAUUGUGCAAUGAAACUUUCGAGCUUAAAGACGCUGCGUGAAUGACCUGCUAUAAAGCUAUAAAUAUACCAAGAGCUUUAGACAGAAGGAGUCUUAAGGAGCCUCGACUUUUCUCUGAUGCUGCUUGGCCUGCUGUGUUCAUCAGCUCUUCACCUUGUUAUCUCUGCUUUUCAGUGUCGGUUUUGACAAUAUCCGUCUCUAGGGCAAGGAUGGACAAAAUGAUGAGAAGAAGUGCCUCAGCAACAGAGCAAGACUGCCCCAUCUGCUUUAACAAGUACGAUUCUUUCAUUCGAAAACCCAAGCUCUUGGCAUGCCAGCACUGUUUCUGUGCAAUCUGCCUGAAGAUCAUGGUGUCAGUCGAGGAUGGGUCCUGGGUCGUCACCUGCCCUCUGUGCAGACGCUCCACGCUAGUGAUGGAAGCACUGAUCAGCAAUCUCCCGGAUAAUCCGCGCCUGAUGGGCAUUCUGUCCAGGAGGAUGUCCGCCUUCCCUGAAUCAGUGCCCGAGGUACUGCUGUCUCCACACCUCCUGCUGCAGACCCACUCUAGCACUUGCACUCUCGUCAGCCAGGUUCCCAGUCAGCCAAACAACGAGAACGAGCAGUUUAGGAAUCGGAUAACCACAUCAGCCAUCAGACGCUUUCUCUUGACCAUGAUCUUCUUCUUGGUCCUUUUGUUUGCACUGCAGUAUUUCUUCAAAAACCCGGCCCUGACAUGGAUUCUGAUCGUCCUUACUGUCCUCUGUGCAUUGACGGGGCUGUGCCUUCUAUAUUUCGGUUGUCAGGACGGCCGGAACGGGCCAGUCACAGCAUAUUGCAACUGCCUGACCACGAACGUCUAAUAAAAAACAGCUUCAUUGCUCACAAUGUAACAGUUCGAAAGUAACAUGUCGGACCUUUGAGAUCACAAUUCAUACGCCUUAAUGCAGCAACAAAAUGGUAAUUUCGUUGCGGGACAAAUACAUCUCCUGAUAGCACUGGGAACUGGGCCAUAAGUUCAAUGUCAUUUUGAGUUAUGGGUGAAGAUUUUUAUUUGAACCGAUUAGUAUUAUGUUGUCAGCCUGUUAGUUUUAUUAGUGAACCCCACUUUUAAUGGGGUUGCAAUGUGCCUUUCGUUGAUCUGUGUUGAACUUAAGGUGAAAAAAAAGUUUUAAAUCAAAGACUUCAUGUGUUUUUCCACAGUGCAAUGAACAAGUGAACUGGUCAUUCGUGCAAGAAUCUAUUCUGUAAUAAACUGAAAUGUACAUUUUAUAGGUAACAAAGGAAGUAAGCUGGGUCAGCUGAAGUCCGCAUUUAUGUGAUUGUCUGUAACCUGGAACAUUUUACAUCGAGAUACCAAAUAAAUUGAUUUUUUUUCUA